AUGGUUUCAUACGAUUUUUACAAAGAAAACUGUGCAUCUUCAUCUUUACCGAAAGUUGAAUGUAUUGUUCGAGCAAGAAUUCCAAUGGCAUCUGGAGUUCAUCAUUUUCUUCAUUUGUACCAUAAUAAUACAGAUAAAAAAGAGCAUCUUGCUAUAGUAUUUGGAGAUAGAAUCCAAAGUACAUCUUUGCACCGUGUCAAAAAUGGGGAAACAGAAAGUGAUAGGAUGAUUAGAGGAGCGUAUAACGGAAAACUUUAUCCAGGCCGAAGAUUCUCUACAGAAAAGUCUGUAGAAGAUAAAUCAUCUUUAUUUCCAAAGAUACCUCUUGUAAGGAUUCAUUCUGAGUGUUAUACUGGUGAAACAACAUGGUCUGUAAGAUGUGAUUGUGGAGAACAACUUGAAGAAGCAAGACAAUUGAUGACUUUAGAAGGAGAGGGUGUGAUUGUAUAUUUGCGUCAAGAAGGACGCGGUAUUGGUUUACAAGAGAAAUUAAAGGCGUAUAAUCUUCAGGAUUUAGGAAAGGAUACAGUACAAGCUAAUCUUUUUUUAAGACAUCCUGUAGAUGCACGUACAUAUGGAAUUGCUACGGCUAUUCUCUUAGAUUUAGGAUUGAAGGAUAUAAGACUUUUAACUAAUAACCCGGAUAAAAUCAAAUCUAUUGAAGGUCCUCACAAAGAAUUAAAUGUUAUAGAACGUAUUCCAAUGAUCCCAAAAAUUUGGAAAAGUGGUUUCAGAAAUGGAAUAGCCGAAAUAGAACAAUAUUUAUCAACCAAGGUUGAAAAAAUGGGACAUUUAUUAAAAAAACCAUAA